CUGCUGAGUGGACUAAAGAUGGGGGAGCAAGGUGGCUGGCUGGAGGCUAUCAGAGGAGACUGGGUGGCCGUCUUCGAUUCCCAGACGGGUGCAGCCAAGGGCCCAGGGGACGACGUCACUGAGCAGGUCCGGACCAGAGGCGACAUAGUAGAGACUGCAGUCCUUGAAGACCUGCUGAUAUCCGGUGUUACUGGCGGGAGAGACUGGACCUCUGAUGUGGAUGGUCACAAACCCUGGCAACAGAUCAGGAACAUGGAUCAGGAGCCGUCGCUCUUCCUUCCCGAGUUGGAACCAGGACCCAACCGUGAGGGACAGAGACUCAACCACCACACAGAACACAACCAGUGGACAGGUGGACUGAACAACCUCAGUCCUGGUGGUCAUCAGAGAGACGGAGGCUCCAGUCAGGGAUCCAGUCUGCAGUCCAGACCCUUCUCUUCACAGUCUCAGUGCGGGGAUAAAGCAGGACCUUGGGCUGAUAGACCCUCCUGUUCCUAUGAUACACACACCACAAUAUCCAUGAUGAACAGUGCAGGUCACCCAGGGCUUCAGCCUUCUCAGAGAGUGGUGGGAGACCCUCCUGGUGGGAGUCUAACAGGAAGUCUGUCUUCUCCUUCAGGGUCUCAUCUAAUCCCUGGUGAAUGGGUUCACAGAAGACCUGGGUCUAGCCUUCCUCAGUUACCUCAUGGUUACCCCACCAAUACAGAAAAGGUUAGGAUGGGCGUUCACUUAGCCUAUAACACAACACACAAUCCCAACAACACCCAAACAAUGGCAAGAGGUCACGGAGGGAGCUCAAAGACUAACCACCUGAGGGUGGUGACUCCCGUUUCUACCUCUGGUGUCAUUGGGUCACAACGUGGGAGGCCGAGCAUUAGGACGGACACCGACAAGCCGUACGUCUGCCCCACGUGUGGGAAGCGCUUUACUGAGGCGAACUAUGUGAAGCAGCACCAGACCGUUCACACCCUUCAAGUGCAGACUAAACUACAAGAGCUUAUCAGACAUAGGAGUGUCCACAACGGGGAGAAAUCGUAGCAGUGUGUCUUCAGAUGUACGCAGGGGAUGUCAGGGAAUCACCUUUUAGCUGACAUAUUAUAGUUAUCAUGUGAAGUGUCUUGGGGUAAGAGUGUAAUUAACAACAUACCCCCUCAUUAACACUUUAACUUGUUUUUAAGAGACAGUACAUCAAGGCUCGAACAAGGACAGUUUAAUAUUGACCUUACUGAGGUGAUGUCGAUGGAAUAAAGUAAUUAUAUUAG